AUUUUACGCAGCCUGUGUGGUGUUGGGAUUACAGUUUUUACAUGACCACAAGAUUGUGUACAGAGAUCUGAAGCUGGACAACCUGCUGCUGGACACUGAGGGUUAUGUGAAGAUUGCUGACUUUGGUCUUUGUAAAGAAGGGAUGGGCUACAGGGACCGGACCAGUACGUUCUGUGGAACACCAGAGUUUCUGGCUCCGGAGGUUCUAACAGAAACCUCGUACACACGAGCUGUGGACUGGUGGGGUCUGGGGGUCCUGAUCUUUGAGAUGCUGGUGGGAGAGUCUCCGUUCCCUGGUGAUGAUGAGGAGGAGGUGUUUGACAGCAUUGUGAACGAUGAAGUUCGUUACCCACGGUUCCUUUCAACUGAGGCCAUCUCCAUCAUGAGAAGGCUGCUGAGGAGGAGUCCUGAGCGCCGUCUGGGAGCAGGAGAGAGAGACGCAGAGGAGGUGAAGAAGCAUCUGUUCUUCACGAACAUGGACUGGGACGGGCUGCUGGCCAAGAAGGUGAAGCCUCCGUUCGUCCCCACCAUCCAGGGAGCCAGCGACGUCAGCAACUUCGACGACGAAUUUACGUCCGAGGCUCCGAUCCUGACGCCCCCCAGGGAACCCCGAGUGCUGAGCUCCGAGGAGCAGAACCUGUUCUCUGACUUUGACUACAUCGCUGACUGGUGUUAGCUCCACCAGGACACUGAACGAGAACGUCCUCCUGCUCUGACAGGAAACAUCAGGAACUCACAGAGAACACCUGAUGUGUUCAGGAGCCUCACGGCUGUUUUCAUCUGAUGAAGAAAGGAUUUUAAAGGACUUCAGCUGGACGUCCUUCAUCAUCGUCAUCGUCACGUCUGAUGAUUUUAUUACAGAUGAACUGAAACAAUCAGUCAGUUUUUUACCUGUACAGGUGGAAACAUGUCGUCACUGAACCUGCAUCAAACAUCCUGACUACUACUGCUGCUUCCUGACUUGAAACCCCAGUGAGCCUGACCACCUCCUCCACCUCCUCCUCCUCCUCCUCCUCCUCCUCCUGCUCCUGCUCCUCCUGGCUGUAGGAGCUGGGAUCAGCUCAGCUCUGGCGCCCUCUGCUGGCUCGCUGGGUUCUUACAGCGGAGCAAAUCUUUAGGUUCUGUCAGCGUCAUGAGCAGUUAAUAUCUUACCUGUUGCAGACGGCUUCUUGAGCGAGCUCCGUUUGGAGAAACAACAUUUAGUUCUGACAGCCAGGAUUGUUUUAACCCUUUAGUUCACCAUCGUACAGUUACAUGGAGUUACAUCAGUGUUUGUCUGUUAGCUAAAUAUCUGAGUCACAGGACGUCUUACAGAUUUACAGAUAGUGGGCUAAAAGCUGGCAUGAGAGUCAUCAGACUGAGCGAGAAGAACUCUGUUAGCAAAAUAWUUCACAGGUUUUAAUGAAACCUUUACAGAAAGUGAUCAUUGGCUGCAGCGUGAAUCAAGAUGGCCGCCACGGCUAACUGACCGUAAACAAGAGGAACAAAGAGUUUAUUAUAAAACUGACAGCCUGUUUGAAGCCGUGGACAUAUUAGAAGUUGUUUUCAGACACUGAUCCUGGUCCUGGUCCUGGUCUGAAUGAAACCGCUCCAAGCGUUUCCUGCAACAAGGCUGCUCCACAGAAGCACACUUGAACCCCUCUGAGUGCUGCGGAGCAUUACAGAAACCUGACCCCCCACCCGCCGGUUCUGAUGGACCUUCUUUAUAUUUGAUUACCUCAGUGGACUCGAGUUUUAAGUGCGACACAGUUAAAGCUAUGAAAACCCAAAGAAUGCAGUCGUGGUGGAUGAAAGGUGGAGCCUCAGCGAGGAGCUGCUGGUUUUUAGUCACUCAGAUUCCUGUCAGCAGGUGUUGAUCUGAGGCAGGUUUUAUACAUACUGUAUGUUCACAGUUAAGCUGAAAGCACUACUUUUAUCAAAACUUUUAAAUAUCUACAUUUCUUAAUGAUGAACAUAGAUUUGUACAAAGUGUUUUUGUUUCUGCAUGUUUUCAGAACAGAUGUGUAAACUGUAUGGAUGGUACAUAUAUGACCCAAAUCACUUCAAGACCCUUUAUAAAAAAAACAGUCACUGUUUUUUGUUUUUGUUUUUGUUUUUUUGCCUAUCAUGAAUUCACAAAUU